AAUUGACGGUCCUCUCCUAGAUAGAUAAUAUCAGGCAGGGUCUCUCGCCGGUUCUCUGUUUUUCUUAAUCUUCUUCUACUGUUCAAGAGAUGGAGUUGGAUCCAAAGAAGUUUGCUCAGCUUUUGGACAAAAUUGAAGCCGAAGCUGAUGAGUUUCUUCUAGCUCGAAAUCAGAUGGUGGAGAAUGACAAGGAGAGGAAUGCAAACCGGGAGGCACUUACAGCACUUAGGAAGAGAGCUAGGACAACAAAGACUAGUGUUCUUUCUCCAUUUGAUUCUAUGAUGAAGGAUAGACACGGUUGCUCAACCAAACCUUUGGUUCAAGAAGUUUGCUCCACGUGUGGAUCCCAUGACUCUAGUGAACCCACUUGGAUGAUGCUACCUGGAGCUGAUCUUUUUGCUGCAGUUCCCUUUCAUGCUGUGCAUACAAUGCUUGAGAAAGAUGAAGAGAGAUUGGAGUUUGAAUCGAAGAAGUUGCAGAGCUUAGUGAAGGAGAAGGCACUUUUCAUAUCUGAACUAGGUGCUCUUGCGGAUAGUACGUCCCCAGGCGUUAUCAGGUCAUUGGUGGCGUUAAAGGACAAGCCUUCAGUCAAGUAAAAGUAGAGCAACGCUGGAUUGUCACCAACAGUGUUAUCCAUUCGUGAUGUUGAAGUUUUAAUGUCCCUAUGUUAUGAAAAUUCAUCGUUUCUUGUACUGUAUGUUGGAAAAUAAUAUUUUAGGAUUUGCGUAUAUAUAUCAGUUUUGUUAUUUUGGAGCU